CUCUCUUCUAAUAUAUGUAUCAAUAGAAGUAUAAUAAGCAUGGUGCUAAGUCUGAUUAUAUUCCUGUCUGGGAAAUACUUUUUCAGGGAGGGUGGUUUCUAGUAAUAUUUUGUCCAUGUUUUCUGGAGAAAGUACAGUGGUGGGGAACCUCUGCAUUAGCAGGAUUUGACUUGGAAGACCAUUUUCACACCAACCUGCUCUACACCUCAAUUGUGGGCUCAAAGCAAUUUUGCAGGCUCUGCUAAUCGAAUGUACCUCAGUGUUUGCCAAAUCCCUGUGCCUAUGCUAACUGUGUUUUGAUUUAUAAUUUAAAUGCAAUAGAUACAUUUGUGCUGCGUUUCCCUCCUAGAAACAACGGUUAGCAGUUGGGAGGAUGACAGUCCAUGGACUCUACAGUGUUCCAGCCCAGCCUCCUUUUUAUAGAUAUAUGGAACGGAAUGUAAACGCACCUCAUGUUCUGCAUCUGCCAUCCAAAUUGUGAUCUAACGCCAGUUUGAAGGUAAGCAUAUACAUAUGUAUUGUUGCACACUACCCCAAUCUCUGAGUGGUGCAAGAUUCCAGAGGUUUCUAGGUGCUUACCCAGAGUUCAUGUUUCAUUCAGGAAAUGAGGGUUGGCAGAGGCUGUAGUGUCUUUAUGAUAUAUGGUUUAUUUACACAUAUAUGCAACCUGGACUACAAUGGAAAGAUUCUCAUAAUCACACUCCAAGAGGAUCUAGCUUCCUCCAUAGCUGCAGCCUUGGAUUCAAACAGAAAUCCAACAUGCUCUCAAACAUGGCUCUGACCCUCUCGCCAACUUGCUGCAUUUCACAGACUGCAGCAUCACUGCAAAAACCCAAUCCUAAAGUCACUUCUAAAACUCUACCUCAAAACUCUCCUUUGUCUUCCAAACUAAAUCUGGGUUGAGUAACGGACCCCUCCCAUUUUCUGACUGGCAAAAAGUGCCCUCUGUCUGGCUUUCCUAAUGGCCCAUUACCUUCCCUUUGUCUUUGGUUAAUGGUAAGAUUUCCUGAAAAUAGGAAGCUAGUUUGGCCAGUAUUUUAACUUUGCUAAAUUUUGUGACUGGCGACCAAAUUUAACACCCCAAACACUGAUUAAAUUCUAACACUUAUCAGACCCAAGAAUUUAGGGGAAUCUUGUACCCACAACUCAUAACACUAUUAUUACAAAGACAGUAGCAAAUAAUGACUGUUAGUGCACACUAGAGGCAAAAACAUUCCUCUUCUCCCAGGCCUUUUGCUAGUAAAACAAUCUAUGGCCUUUUAAACUUUGGGGGUUGGUUUUUUAUUGUUGCUACUGUUAUGUAUUUUUGUGGUUUUAAUAUUUAAAACUGCCCAGUGAUCCUCAGAUGAAGGGUGGUAUAGACAUUUAAUAAAUAAAAAUAAAAGUAACUCGCUGGUAGGCUUGAAUUUAUGCAGUUCUUGUGUCAAUUUUUAAAAUUUUUUUAGAUUAAACUCUGUCACAAGAAGUAAAUUCUCAGCUUCAGAGAGUCCCAAUACAUCCCUUACCUGAAAGGGUGGGGUUGGAAAAUAGGUUUUACAAGGUAAACUGUGAUACUAUCAAAAUGAAAUCAACAAGAUUCAUUCUGGCUUUUACUGUACACCAAAAAGCAUCCUUAGCAAGUGACUUAUGAAAGAAGUCGUUUCCAUGAUGCAAUCUUUCUAUCGUGGAGGAAGGCCACAAUCAUUUUUUUUGUGUUUAAUGGAGGGAGUGUUUAAUGACGAGAGAAGAACAUGGUUGCUAGAUUCUUAUGACCGAUAUCCUGACAAUGUUUCUGAUGAACGUGGCACAUUGGCAUGUUGAAUUUUCUACAGAUGGGCGAUGGGCCGUUCCCCUGACACAAGGCCACACUGACUAAGCUUUAUUCCUAUCCCAUUAAUUAGUCAAGUCUUAUUUACCUUGUAUUUUCAGUUUUUUUUCUGAAAGGGGAGAAACCAAGCACGAAACUCCAAACCACAUUAAUUUUACUUAUAAUUGCCCUGAACAAUACAAAUGUUACCUAACCCUUUUAAAUAUUUGCCUAGUAAAGCAUUUCCUAAUCACAGAACUAUUUUAUUUUCUAAAAUUAUUUGGAAUGAUGUUAGUAGAGUGAUAUAGUUUAGUGCAUUCCAUUCUUGGCCCCAGUUACAAAGUUACAUGUAAGGAUGCCAACCGCUUGAGUUAUUUAAUACUUGAGUACAGAAGACAUUUGUUGAUCAAAUACUGAAAACUUAAACUAUGCAACAGCUGAAAGUUAAGGAAAUAUUAUACAAUGGGAAGAAUCAAGGUAAUCAGGCAUUCUUUUUCUCAUGCUGCAAACAAUACUUUGCAAAAUAAGACUACCAGAUUAUUUACCAAGACUUCCUGAAUGCAGCAUUUCAGUGCCCAGAUUAUUACUAUCUUUACAUCCAGCUAAUAUGCCAUGCUUACAAAGAAGAACAUAGCAAUUGGACCUUACUUAUAUUCACAUCCUAACCACAAUUCAGCACACAGUUAAGAUGAUCUAAUGAAAUUAGUGGGCUUAAGGCUAUGAUCCUUUGCAGAGUUGCUAACAAUCCCUUUGCACCCUGGAAAUCUACCUAAUUUGAUGUUUGACUGAAGUGUCCCAGGGUGUAAAUUCAGCGUUCUAAAAAACAAUACAUGACCAAAAACAUAUAUAUAAUUAUAUAUGUUUUAUUAUAUAAAAUGCCUAACAUUUCAACAAGUGAGUCACGUCGAGGAAAGGAUUGUAUAUUAAAGGGUAGCAGGGGCACCCCACUUGACCUACUACCUCACCCCAAUGUUGCCUGAUAAGCUAUCCUUACCAGGUAGCUAAAUGCCCAAUGGGCUCUGCCCUCUGCUUUCCCCCUUCUUCCCAUCUCUCCCCCCCCCAUCUCCAAAUGAUUGCUUCAUAUACCCUGGCAACAACAUGCACCCUUCUUGUGCACCCUGAGAGCCUGUUCCUUCACAGUCCAGAGGAUCUGAAUGAGGAAGGGCUGUUGUGUCUGAGCUUUUCAACUUCCCUGCUCCCUACUGAAAGUCCCAUUUUGAGGGCAGCUGAAGCCAGAUCAUAACAGUGUGAGGCAAAGGGAUUCCUGCUUCCCACACCCUGGCAACAAACAUACAAACACAUGUGGCAAUGUCAAAGUCCUAAUUGCAUAGCAUCUGGGGUGGAGGAGAUCCUGAAAAGGAAAGGCACAGACUGUGUGGGACUGCAAACCAGCCAUCAUCAUUGGUUAUUUUCUGUACUGCUUUUUGGUCACAGGCCCCAAAGUGAUGAAAUGAUUACUACAAAGAAAAUAUAGCAAAGCUACAGUAAAUACAAAUACCAAAGUACAAUGCAAUAAAUAAAAAAUAAAAUAAAAUAAAAUAGCAACACCCAGACAUACUAGCAGGGCUCUUGUGACUUACAGUGGUUUGAGACCCCAGGGUAGCAGGAACACUUUCACCUGCUCCAUAACUAUUACCUGGGAGUAAACGUCAUUUAAUUCAACGGGACUUACUUCUGAGCAGACAUGGUUAGGCUUGCGCUGCAAAGAACUCAACGCAAGGCCUAGUGAUCUCUAGGACCACCAGAUCUAGUAAUAUCUCUCAUUUUUCAAAUGUUGCUCUUGGCCUCGUGGUAAAUAUUGGGGGGGGGGGGCUUGGAACCCUAAAACACCCAACGAUAAUAAAAGGGUGAGGAAAUAAGAAGUGGAUGCAGCCUGCCUAACAAAGGAUCUGAAGGAGUAACCGCGGAUUUGGGUUGAAGCCGCAGCCCUCCAGCGAGAGACCCCCCUCCCAUAAAGGACCCUCUUUCCGAAUAGACCCCUUGAAAGCAGCUAUAGGGCGAUGGUGGCGGUUGUUUUCUGAACGAGAAGCGUCUGGAACAGGAGCAGCCUUCGUUGGGGGCCGGGAUGCUCAAGGGGGACCCAGCCAGAGGCAAAACGCCCCAUCAGCCGACCCCGACCAUCCACAGCAGAAAGAGGAGGCGGCGGCUCAGCUACCGGCGGCUGCCGUAAUCCGACGGGACCCGGAAGGAAGGAGCCGGCGAGGGGCGGAGCGGAGGAGAGGAGAAGAGCCGAGCGGAGCGGCCUCGGGCUCCUGUGUUGGUGCCGGGCGGAGCUGAAGACGGACUGGCCCGGAUCCCAGGCUCUCGGUAGCGGGUGAGUGGCGCUUGGCGGCGGGGCUGCCGGCCGGGAGGGAAGGUGGUUGACCAGGGACUGGCUCCCCUUUCUCUCGCCGCCUCUGGCCUGUCCGCCCCACAGAGCCCCGCGACGACUCUCCGGCCCCAUAGCCCCUCUCUGCCGGGUCUGUCCUGCUAGCCAUAUGCUCCCACCUUACCUCUGCUGCCCCCCACCCCAUGCCCAGUCCUCCCUUGCCCGACCCCUUGGCUCUGCUUGUGCUCUUAGUGCUGUCUCUGAUAUUUGUUUGCCCCUUCUCGCAAAAGAUCCUUUCUUUCGCCCCACUGAUUCUUUCCCCUUCCCACUAAAAUAAUAACAAUAAUAAGCUCGUGCUGUUUCUUCCCCUCUCCUUUUGUCACUUGCCCCCAAUACCCCCGCACCCUCCCUGUCUCUCGAUUGCCUGCCCCCCUCUUUAUUUCUUUAUGUUCUUCCCUGUUUUGUUUAUGAUGGUGGUUUUUAUUUAUUUAUUUUAAAAUAGAUGUUGGUGGCUCCGUAGUUCAUCAGUGCUGUCAUGCAUUUUGCCUAACUAAAGGACACUUGCAAUUUAGAAAGGAAACCAAGUAUGGUGCCUUGCCCAGUUGUCAUAUGAUGAGUCAGUGCAGGGAGCACGAAGGGUGAAACUGGGUUGGUGAUUUGACUAGUAGUAACCUUUGCCGCUGUCACAUAUCAAGUUGCCACUAAUGAAUCACUGCUAUAGCACACAUAAUGAGCUAAAAAAUGUGUGGCGGUUUCUGUUUCUUUCACCCUUGACAACAGUUCUGUGAGGUAGGCCCUUGUCAUUUCCAUAUACGGAUGCGGAACUCGGAGUGAUUUGCCCAGGUAACCUCCCACGUAAACAUAAGUCGGGUCAAGCCAAGCGCACCACCUCUGGACCAAGCUGGCAAGCUGUGCCCAUGGCCACACAUGUUCUCACUGAGGACAUGAUGUUCUCAGAUAAGAUGUCAGUUGGCAAAUUCUUCCAAUUGAUAAUUAUGAAACAAAAGGCUUAAUACUGAUACAUUCUCAGUGGUGGGAAGCUCAGAAGACACACCACUGGCUGUAUGGGAAGAACUUGGCUUAAUUGAAAAUUAGAAACUGCUGCCUUGGUGCUGGUGGGCUAUUAUAGUGUAGUAUAUAUAGCAGCUUGGGAGAAGGAGAAAGCACACACCAUAAUUUUUAUAAUAACCUUUUUUGUCCCAUCAGCUAUUUUGUACAGAAUUAAAUACAUACAUGAAGUGAUAAAUACCCCAUAAACUUAUAGUUUGUUUAAUAUUUUGUCCGCUCUUCACUGCUGUUUCUGGGGCAUCUGAAGUCACUUAGAGUAGGGGUGAUGAACCUUAGGCUUUCCAGAUACUACUGUAUUAGACUCCAGCUCCCAUCAGCCCCAGCCAGUAUGAUCAAUGGUCAGGAAUGAUGGGAGUAGUAAUCUAGCACCAUCUGGAGUAUCACUGGUUCCUGCAGCUCUACCCUGGAAGCAAAUCAAAAGUAUUGUUGGAUAGCAAUCCUAACACUACUUGCACCAGGAAGGAAAUCCCAUUGAACUUUGUUUGCUUCUAGCAAAUACAAUUAUAAUUUAGCUAUUAAGAAGUGCUUCCGUUUGCUUGUUUUCCUACAACUGGUAUUAAAACAUAUUUCAUUACUCAACCAGCUCAUUAAAAUGUUUUCAUGCUUCUUAUGUGGAAGUCAGGCUAGGAGGCUUUUCCUGGGGACUGUGUUCCUUUGUUAAAAAUAAUAGGUAUGGAUAUUAAGGUUGCUUAAUACAAAUUAGUUCCCCCUGAACAUGCUUUAACUAUGUAGUGUUUGUAAUCAGGAUUUUCUAGACUCACGCUCCUACUUUUAAAUUUGUUUAUCAAUGAAGUAGGAAUGCAGAUAUCCCAUUAGUGGACCUGAUGUUUGGUGGUAGGAAUUUUAGGUGAAUUAAUUUAGAACAAAUGAGUGAAAAUUUAUGCAUGUGUCAGAAGUUCAAAAAAUGAAUUGUACCAGAAGGCAAACUGAAAAAUAUUAUUCACUGAUAUAAAGCUUCAUAUAUUUCUAAUAUUUAAUGUGGAAAAGAAGGCAGGCAUUGUGUUACAUUGGUAGAAAGUUACGAAGUCUUCAGAGAUUAACAACAGCAAAAUAGUAUACAAGAAAGAGGUCUGUAUUUAAAGAAAACAUCAAUUACUUGUAGAAUGUAAUGCGUACCAAAUCAAUAUGCUAGUAUUUAAAUGGACUCUGGAGUACACUAAACAUUAACCACACGUCUAUUUAAAAUUGUAAGUUCUGCUGUGGGAAUUUGUAAGAAGUUGUUUCUUACUAAGAAGUAAUUUUGCAAUCUUAGUCAUAUGUAGGUCACUAUAGGUCAGGCAUGGAAGUUUCACUUUGAUUUCCUAACAUUUAAGAAUCUGAUGACAUAUGUCAGUGUAGAUUAUUUUGCAUUACUAACUCUGCCUUUUUUGGGUGGAAGGAGCAUUAGGUGAAAUAGAAUGAAUCAAUAAAAAAUGAAAUUCAUUCAAGGUAAAUUUAAACAGUAUUAAAUUACUUUUAGUUGAUCACCAUUACCACCUCAUUAUAUAAUGAAUACAUUAGUGCCACCAUCUCUCUGAUAGUGAAUCUAAUUGGCAUUAAAAUCAUUGUAUUUAAUCUGUUAUACAUAUAUACCACUACAAAGUGCUAUGAAGCAGGCUAGCUUUUUAAGAAUGUGUAAAAAAUAAGUGUUUGCAUGGCAUGACCUAUAUAAUUUCUUAGCUUUAGCAUUGUAGUAGUGCAACUUCAAGAAAGGUUGCUGCUUACAUGUUGAAAGGUAGGAAUGCAGUUGUGUUAAAAGGUUGAGACAGAGAUGAUAGAGACGCAAGGCAGCCAAACAAUUGCAACACUACUCCCAAGGUGUCCCUAUACAUCUGAUUACUCAAAACUAAGCAGUGAAUGGCAGGGGUUGGAUUACUAAAUAAUUGCCUUGAGCCUUCUGGUAUGUUUCUUCCAAAUCAUACAGCACUGGCCAUGGUCUGAAAGUGACAAAACACGUUGAGUGCCAUACAUAGAAAACUAACACACACACACACACACACACACACACACACACACCCCUCUACUAGCCCAGCCAUAUGUUCUUACAACAGGUCACAUACAGUGCAUAAUAGUUAUAAAAUGUUACUUGAAAUGUAUAUUAUAUGCAACAGUUAUUGUGACUCAUAUUAUGCCACAAUGUGCAACUUAUGGUACAUACCGUAAAUAUGUUGUCAUAUGUGUCAUUUAAAUCCCUUCUUAGGACUGUCAUAAUUCCUUCCCUGAGAAUUUAAUAAUUAUUGGGCCUAAAAUUUGUACCAUGUAGGGCAUCUUAUGGAGGUUUUGUAAGAAGCUUACAAUCUGAAAGACAGGUCGGAUGAGGAGUGGAUAUAAGUUACUGCUUUCAAGAGAGAGACAAUGUAUUUAAUAGUUGGAAAACCUUUUAGGUUAAUUAUUAGUAAGUUCAAACUAGGUGUGGUUUGGAAAAGUGUAGAAUUGAUGUUGCUACUAGAAUCCCACCCCAUUUCUUGAAGCAUCUAGGGGCUUCUAUCUUCUCCUUAGAUAUAUCCCCCUCACAAAAAAAAUGCUGAAGAUAUCUUGCCUUGCCUUAGGGAGCCGUACAACCCUGUAAAGUUUGAAAACAGGCUUGAACACAAAGUGUAUAUGAAGUUUUCAGGUAAUUUAAAACAAGCCACAAGCACAGGAAAUACUUCCCCUAUGGAAAAUGUGGUUAUCCUGAAAGGAUGCAGAAGCAGAAAUAGCCACUGAAGUAUUGGUGUCAGCUGGCAACUUCGUUGUUAAGUUUGAGGCAGAGAAAUUUAAAUGAAAAUUUGUUGGCCAAAUGAUGCCAGAUUAUAUUCAUCGAUAUGAAAUCAUCAUCUUAAAAAGGGGAUUUCUGUGACCUUUGUUUUCCCUGCAAAUGAUGAUAAAUGUUGGGUUGAAAAGAAACAAAUAAUGACAUUACAAUUUUCCACAUGGACUUGAUGCUGACCUACAACUUGUCAAUGCAUAGUUAAAUGUCAUAUACAUAGGCUCUUGCUUUGGAGGCAUUUAUUAGUAAGUGUCUGUCAUUGAAUUGUAACAAGUUAUAGUGGUCACAGAUCAUUUGACAGAAAACCAUUUUUCCACAGUUCCCAAGAAACAUCAGCAUAUGAUUGACUCUUGUCCGUGAAACAUUAGCUUUUUACAUAUAUUGCUGCAGAUGGAUUUCUUUUUUUGAUUGGUUUUUUUUAAAGACAAUAACAUUAUUAAAGUUAUAGGUAAAUUCUUAAGGUUGCAAGAUUGUCAUGUUGGUCACAUCUUUUUAAAAAAAACAAGAAAAAGGAAGUAUUUAAAUUAAAAAUACUUACUGAUUUUGUUUUGGAGGGAAGAUCAAUAAAGUUACCACACAAAUAGUUUAAUGUUAAUUGGAGUUCAAAUAAAAGUAGCUAAAACACAAAUGUUAUGUACAUAAGCUUCCAGAUGUCACUACGGAAUUGCCCUUCAAUAAUAGAGUGGCAGUUUUCAAACUGUGUUCACAAAACUUUGGAAUUCCAUAAAAGCUUGGUAGCUCCACAGUGAUAGGAUUAUUAGUGGUGGGUGAGCUGCCUGAUAGACAGUUUGUCUGUCAUCAUUAGUAUUGCCUUGCAAUGUGCAGCUGUGAAGGGGUUGUGGUGUGUGUUCUAGGAAGACCUGUCAGCACAUAUGGGGCAGUGACUAGGUGAAAACAGUAACACACAAGGAUUCAAUGGAAGAUGAGCAGAGAUUCUGGGGACAGCAAUAUGAAAUGGGAUCACUGAAGGUCUGAGAAAUUUGAACCCCAUUGGUAUAGAUCACUAUGACUAUGCUCAUUCAUAGGGGACACAUACACACACGGUGCAGAUGGACUAGUUAGAGCUCACUGUUUGUUUAUAGCUUCAUCAAUGCACAAAAGUAAUUUGCAAGGUAUGAGUGGCAUGGGCCUUGUCCUAUGGAGCUUACAAUCAAAAAGUUGAUACAGAGGACAGGGAGGGAAACAGAAGUGAUGUAUGUGAUAUAAUUUCAUUACUUGAGCAUAGUCAAUUUCUUAACUAUAGUUAAGAGACUGGGUGUGAGCCAUUGCAGGCUGGGUGACAUAUACCUCCCCCUGCCCCCAAUUCUUCUGUUCUGGUGUGUGAAUUGUCACUGCUCAUACCCUGUCAGCCUGAAGCCUACCAAAAUCUCCAUUAGCACUAAUUGCAGUUAAGGUUUACCAGGAUUCCAUUGUACUUGGGAUUUGAAACUUAACUGGUUAUUGAGACAUCAGAGAUUGGUAAUCAGUAUUCAGUUACAGAAGUUACAUAAAGAUGCUUAGCAUAGCUUGUAGAAUUAGAAGCCUGCAGGUUCAGGUCAGCUUCUGUUUUUCAAAUAAAAGGUGCUACCUCACCCUUUGGUAGCUCUCAAAUAAUGCAUGACUAUCUAAUAGUGUUUCACUACAUUGUACUGUAACCAGAUAGCCAUAGAAAAAAGGCUUACAUAAAUCACAGUUUUGAUUUAUAUGGAAAUAUUUCAUUUGGAAACUUGCAUGUUCUCCAAGGUAAUUGGAUACUACUUAGCUUCCAGAGACCAUAAUAUAUUUCUGCUUUACUUAUGAUGGAGUUUACAAUGGAAUAGAACUCAAUCAUCAAUAGAAAAUUAGUUGAAAAUGCAGGCAGUUCUUAGAAUGCAAAGUUCAGUAAAACUGCUGUGAGUCUUGCAGAGUCACACAGUAGACUUUGAACUUUCAUUUGCCAAGCUGUUUCUAGAAGAUUGAAUCUAUACAAUUCUAGGUGCACAAAGUACAAUGGCUAAAGUGCAAUCAGAUUGUAUGUUAACUCUUUCCAUAAUUUUUCUUAGAGGAGUUUUUACUUGAUAUUUCGAAACAAAGCUGUUACUGUUAUCUAGUGAAUUCUCUUCUAGUUAUUGAUCAUAAUUUUGAGGGGGGAAUUUCCAAAAUAGUAAGUUAUCAUUUACUACGUUUAUAAAAUAAUUACCUUAGAAUUGUCAUCCUAUAUGCUGGCUAGGGGGAAACUAUGAUGUUUAGCCUUGGAGAAAGCCACUGUUUCAAAUAUCCCUUUAUUCUAGAAUGGGAAAGGGGGAAUCUGCUGCCCUCCAGAUGUUUCUUGCAUCAUCCUUGACCAUUUGCUGUGGGGACUGGGGCUGCCUAAAUCUGUGUGCCCUCUUCUUGAGGACUAACAUAAAGGCAUUAGAAUACAUUUUAAAAUGUAUGCAAGAUCCUGUCGGGUUAAAGUUGUUUAGAUCUAAAAAAAUGACUCCGCAUUCUGAAUGUGGUAGCUAGGGAGCAUAUAUGGUAGAGUGGAAGGAAAGUGUGUGCAUGUUUCCAUGUGCUUGUGCAGACAGUGUAGAACAACUGUGAAUUUCAAGGACCACAGUGUAAGAAGGCAUUGGAUAGAGUUAUGUGGGCUAUGCUUAUGCAAUGUUACUUUCUUGCAUCUGCCUUCUCCCUGCCACCCCAUGCAGAGUGUGGGCAGCAGCAACAACAAACAUUAUACUCUUUGUGAAAGGACACCUAUUCCUAGAUCAUUUCCUAUAACAUUUACCGUACUUGCCUCUUGCUGUGUUCUUAGUAGUUAUAGCCAUAGGUAUUCAGGCAGGAGUGUGCAAAUCACAUCUGUAUCCUUGGCCUGCAGUGAGAGGUUUGAAAUCAACCUUUCAAAAAAGCAAUGGCAAAGCCAUAGCAUUCUGAAAUAAAGAACACCAGCUGUGUUUUGUGGGGUUUUGAUACUCAAUCUGACCUGUGCAAGCUUCAGUGAAAAGAAGAGUUUUAACCACAAGAACCUGGGUCAGGCUGAUCCAUUUCUUUGGAUAUCUCAAACAUCACUGCGGAGGCUACAUUGCACCGAACACAUAGUAAUGGACAUUAGAAUAGGACAUUAGCAAAUACAGUGUUGAAAUGUGCAAUAGGUAAUCAGCAGCAUUACCCUUUGUUUGCUUCAUGUGAUGAGGUGUGGAAGAUUCCUGACCCAUUCCACAACUUGUACUAGAAGCCAGUGUUACAGUGCAUGGAAGAUCCAGGGUGGGCCCAAUAUCCAGACCUGGUUCGAAUUCUUGCAUAACCUAGAGUGACUUGGAUGAACAAACGGUGAAGCUGUGGUGGGACUUUCCUUCUGUGCCGCAAUCUCUGACACUCCUCAUGCAGGAGAUGCCAUAUGGGAACUUAACCGUUUCUCCUCAAACAACUGCAUAUGUCUUUUAUUUUGGUUAGGCUUGAAUAUGCCUCAGCAUGAAAGACCCAAACAGGAUUUUUAUAUAAAGAUAUCUGGUGACAAAAUCCUUAAUCGUACGUGCCAAUAGUACUGCACUAUUGCACUUUUAUGGUUCUUUCUCCUCCUCUUUCCCAUGGUAGAUAUAUUCAAUUUCACUCUUGUAGAUUGUUUUUGUUGUUGUUACUACUGCAUCAUUUCUAUCCUGUCUGUCCUUCUGCAAGGAGCAUAGGGCAGCAAUUAUAAAAGAACAAACUACCUUUAAGUAUCAAGCUUCUCAGUAAAAUAUGUAAUUUCCCAUUUAGCAAUAGAAAUGUCCACUUUGGAUGCUGGGUAUCUUCUCUACUGUGCUCCCCCUCCAUAGUUUGUUUCAAUCCAAUAUAUUAAUUUCCUCUCUUAUAUAGCGUGUUGCAUUUAAGUGUAACUUUAAAUAAAAUCUCCAGAGGCCUCUGUUUUGAUUUACAAGAUUGCUUAACCCAAAAGGAUCCUUCCAGCUCAACUUCCUAAAGCCUAGUCAUGUUAUUUUCACCUCUGAAAUAUGAGCAGUUAUUUUGCAUCACACCCUGUGGACUGAUUUGUAUGUUACUUGAGUAGAUAGUUUUUCUAAACCUCUUGGAAGCUUUCCCUGUUCGGUAUUUUGUUCAAGCAAUAAAUAAAUCAGAUGACGUGUAUGUACUGCUGUGUUUGCUUGUUCUUGACCUUUGCUUUUCAGUCCUGUAAGUGUCAGUUUUAGAUGUGCCGUUGUGUAAUGUGGAGUUCAUGUGAUGAGCAUGUUCUGUCCUUAAUGUUUUCUUUGUAAUGCAUCUUGUAUCUAAUCAGUUGUUGUAUAGUUUAGCCUAGCCUUUUACAGCACAAUCCCAUGCAGUCUUACUUGGGAGUAAAUCAUAUAAAAAUCAGUGGUACUUAGUUCUGAGUAAACAUAGGAACAGGUUGCCAGUUUUUUUCUAAUUAGGGGAAGCACAGCAUAGGUCGUAAUAUUUGUUUUUUCUUGUUACACUUCAUGUGAUAGAUCUUUGCUUUUUAUAUUAACAACAGAAGAUUCUGGGGUUUUUUGAUACUUAAUAAUGGUCUUCAGGAAUCUAGGAAAAACAUAGCUCCUCACUCCUAAUAAUAGUGCCUAUAGAGCUGUUUUAGGUCUUGAUCCACUGUUGAAUUUUGCCCUGACUACUUUGUAUUAUAAUUGGUAAGAUGUUAUCCCAGACUUGUAAAGAGAAACUACCAGAUGACCUAUGGUGAUUAUUAUUUUAUUCCUGGUGAGCAGGGAGAGGAAGUGUUGUAAAACAGAUUUUUUUUCUUAUUCAGCCUUUCUAUGUUUCCAUAUAGCUAAUAUUAAUGAGGUAAGUGGGAUAGAUUUGUGGCCAAUGGCUAUUGUGGAUGUAUUGCAAAUCUGUGAGUGUAUAUAUUUUCAUGGGAGAGGCCAGUAUAUAGGCAUUUCUGGGAGUGAAAGAACAUGAGUGCCACCUUUGCAGUUUGUUUGUGGUAAUUUAAAGUAUUUCAGAAGUUCAGAGUUUAUUUGAGAGCUGUAAUGAGUUCUAGGGACUUUAAUAAAAUAAAGCAGCAAGUUGGAAGCAGUUGUUUUUUCUCCUCUUUCAAAUGUUUCUCAUGCACAAUACUGAGCACUGCAGUUCUCAAAAGAGAAAAUAAGGAUCUAGUCCUUGCGAUCUGGAUAUAGUUUCUGGCUGCUUCAAAAAAACUAUUGACCAUCUAUCUCCAUGUUGCAACACCAGGUGAUAGAAAGGUUUAAAGUUUCUCUUAUGUGGCUUUCUCGCAGUUUCUAUUGUCUUGUCACAAAAAUGGACAUUGGAGCCUUCACUGAAUCACUGAAGUUUUGAUUACACUAGACUGCAGCCAAGGGACUCUGAACUCAUAUCACCUGACCCAAUCCACACAGAUGUUAGGGGUGAACAUUUAUAAAAAGUUGUAACCACAGAUUCCUGUGCCAUCAGGGAAACUGAAGCUGAUCAGUAAUUAUCCUGGUGGUGUUGCAAUCUGUUUCUGAGCAGGCUAUAAAUGCAAACACUCAAGGAGCUGAAGACAUGUUUAAUUUUGAUUGGAAGUAGGACAGUGCAGUGAUAAGGAAAGAAGAGUGCCAGGGUCACUUGGAUCCAUGUGUUUCCUUAGACACGACAGUGGUGAUAGUGAACUGCUCCCCCAGCAACUGUUUUAAUUGUGGUGCUUCUAGUUGGCAUUCAGGGUGAAAGGAUCUUUCAGGCCUGGCUGCACUCAUACCAAUUCAUCUCUUAAUGGAUGAUGCAGAUGCUUUGUGCAGUGUGUCUGGACCACGGUUUGCUGUUGGUUCUGGAGUUCCAGGAACAAAGGGACACUUGCUGUACUUUUAUGUUUCCUCCCAGUUUUACAUUGAAACCCUAUAGAUAUAAGCCCAGCCUGGUACUCUCCAGAUGUGUUGGACAACUAUUCCCAGAAAGGCCAGUGGUCUGGCAUGAUGGGAGUAGAAGCCCAAAACAUGAAUGGCAGCAGGGAAGGGAUGGAUGGUAUAACCCUAAUACGAGUACACCAAUCUCAUGCAAUCUAAACAAUUAAGAGUUAAGACUGGAGGGAAGUGUUCGCUGGCCAGUAGAUAAGAAUCUAUAAGUCCUGUAGGCUUCCUAGUUUGUAACUAAUAAAACCGGCUCCUCCGAAUGAGAGAUAUUAUCUUGGUUUGCUCGAAGGAUGUGCCCUUUGCUGAAGGCUGUUUAAGACUUAAUUCCAUACCAUGAUAUGCUCAGAAUGUUGAUUAGUUACUGUAACACACUUUUUGGGUGAAUAUUUUUGGUGUGGAAAAUGGGCUUUCAGGGUCUGUUAGGUGGUGAACCUAUUUGCUGCCCCACUGAUUCAAAACCAUUUUGUGUGUUCUCUUUUUGAGGUCCCAGCCAGUCAUGAUUCAUGUGCCCACUAUGAUGUCACUGCAGCAUGUAGAUUUAAUUAGUUGGUGAUGUUACAGAAGGGAAACAAAGUCCUUAGCUUUGUCUUCACAUGGAAUGGAGAGGAAGAAGGAAUACAUCAGUUGUUUAACCCUCCUGUGAAUACUUUUGUGUCCUUUGGAGCCCCAGCAAAAAAAUGGCCAAAAAGAGUGCUCUUUUUCAGAGUGUGUGAAAAUCUUAAUGAUUUCCACAAUGCCCCCCCCCCCCCCGGUUAUACUCAGCACUAUUGGUUACUUUUCUGAGAACUUUCAGACAACACAUCAAGCUGCAAUAGUAGUUUAAUUUGAAUCAUAUUGUGAUGUCUUCUCUUGUGUUACCUGUCUGGCUGGAGAAAGUCAUAUUGCUUGUAUUUUGAAAUGGAGAUGUCCCACCCAAAAUUAGAUGAAAUUGAUUAUGCUAUGCUGGAAGAACUACUUAAUUGUUUUUGCUAGCAUUGCCAAUUACGCUGAACAAAUGACCUGGUUUUCCUCUAGGUCUUUUACCUAGUUAAAUAAACAUGAAUUGCCAUUAAUUUAAAUCAUGAUUCACAAAAAGUACUUCCAAAUUGUCAUAUGGAAGGGAAGAGUGUUAAACUCUAAGGCAUUGUAUUUCACCACUUUAAUUCUUAUUUCGUAAAACAUCAAAGAAGGGGUCAACAAUCCCUUGGCAGAGAUGAUACCUCUUUAUCUCCUCUGGAUGUGAUAUUCCUUACCAUUCAUUGAAGUCUGUAUUUAUUUAUUUUUUAAAAGAUAUUUAUUACUUUUUCAAAAUUUCCAACACAGCAUUACAAACACAAAGAAAGAGAAAAAAAAAGAGAAAACAAUACGAAUAACAAAUCAAGCAAAAACAAACAAAAACAAUUUAAAAACACCUCAAACAUUUUCAAUAUCUUAUAUUUCAUUCACUUAUUUCCAGCGACUUCCUCACACCUCCAUUUUUGUAUUCCACUUCUAUUAUUUGUUUCGGCAAUUCCUUUCCAUCUUACUCUGUUUUCUGUUCUAUAAUUAUCUUAACACAUUCUUGCCAUACUUUUCCUUUAAUUUUCUAUUAAUCUAUUUAUACUUAAUUCCUUAUGACAUUUCUACUAAAGCCAUGUAAUUUCAUUCCAACAUUUUUCUAACAUUCCUUAAUUUUACCAUAUUUCUAUAAAUAGUCUUUAAACUUUUUCCAAUCUUCUUCCACCGACUCUUCACCCUGGUCUCGGAUCUUGCCAGUCAUUUCCACUAAUUCCCUAUAGUCCAUCAACUUCGUCUGCCAUUGUCCAACACUUCAGUGUUUUCAAGAAGCAACCAUUCUCUCAACCAGCAAAAGGCAGAUGGUUCACAACGAAGUUUAAAGGUCUGGCAGGGCAGGUCCACCUCCUUCUUUAGCAUCCAUCAAUAUCUUAAGCUUAACUCGAGGCUUCCUGCCCUGCCAAACAACUCUAGGAGCAUCCCUCUGCCACCUCCUGAGACCCUCCAUCCCAUCCAGAGCUUGCAAUGUUUGAAACAAAAGCAACAUCCCCAGCAACACAGCAGCCCUCAUCCCCACCACAAUGACUCAGCCCAACAGUAACAACUUCUGAUUUGUCCAUAUUUCCAAAUUCCCCUUCUCUUCAAUCCAACAUCCUUCACAGUUGUCCUUAAGCAGAUUCACAUUUUUGGCAGUCAUACUAACCCCCAAAUACCUCUCUUUCUCAACCAAUGUUAGUCCUGUCGCCUCCUGAAACUCUGUCAAGCUUUCCUUUUCCAAUUCAGAUAGGGCUCUGGUCCUCAAAUUCAUCCGUUCUUCUUUAAGUUCAAUCAUAACGAAUGUCAGCUUAUGUUCAUCAAGUUGUCUUUGUAUGGAUGGGACUCUCCUCUCCAGUUGUACCACCUUAAGUUCUGCAGCAAGGGUUUUUUCCCCGACUUCAUCUGCAGUUUGCCAUAUCAGAGUAGAUUCCUGUAUCAGUUUCUGGGUGAUUUCUGAACCAUUCAUUGAAGUCUGGAACCAAACUAGAUUUAUGCUGUGCCACAAUAACAGUUUGGGAUGUGGAACCAAUGCUAGUCUUAGAGUGAGAUUAAAAAGUAUAAUUGGUUGUGUACAUUUUAAGCAAUGUUACCAAAUGUAUAAGAAGAUACAUGCUUUUAUUUGGAAAAAGAUGAAACUGGCAUUUCUGGGCUUUGGGUUCUACUCAAUUCCCUGUUUGUGCCUUCUGGAUUCUGUGAUUUCUGAAUCCAAUCCUGUUCUCUCUCCAUUGUUAAUAAUACAAGGGGGAAAGUGACUUUUGUGCAUUAAUGGAGCACUUCCAUAUUAGCAGACAUUGGAAACCCCACUAAAUAUGUGUCUCUGGACUGUAGCCACACAGUUACUUCACUUUUAUUUUUACAUGAUCCCAUUAUAUUACAAUAGCUGUUGUAGACUUGGAUCCAAGUUAUUUCAGAUGAAGUCAAGGGGUUUCCACAUACCCAUUGAGUCCUUUGUGUAGCACAGAUGCUUGGCAUACCACAAAACUUACUUCAAAAUGCCUUUUGGAGAUAUCUUCUGAUGAACAGAUUUAUGCUAGAAGAACUGUUCCCACAAGCACUCCAAGUUGCAUUAGUCACAGAAAGUCACAGAAGACUGCAGCUUUUCUUUCUACAUUGUGCUGUUCUUGCAGAGAAAGGCUGUAGGUGAGCAGAUUGUAUGGGUCUCACAUUCAUGCAUGCGCACACCUACUCCGAGUACAAGGGAUGGAGGACCUGAAAAAUGACACUUCAAAUCCUGCUGGACAUGAAGAACUAGUUGUGCAUUUCAAUGGAAUGUGGCCUUAAUCUUUCUUUUUCCCCCUUUUUUUUAAAGCAUCAAAACAGAAAGUUUGCCUCUCCAGAAUAGUUUUUAAGAUUCCAAUGCAUCAGUAUUGGUGGUUUCACAACUGAAUAAUAAAAGUUAUUUAUCUCUGGAUAUGUUAUUUCUGUCAAGUACUCCACAGUUCUCUAUUCAUUUUCAACGUUAUUUCAGUAGAGUGUUAAUGCCAUUUGAUGUAUGGGGCUUCUCUUUUGAUUUCUUUCAGAACCUGCAAGAUUUGGACAUGUCCUUUAUAUUUGACUGGAUUUACAGUGGUUUCAGUAGUGUACUACAGUUCUUAGGUAAGACAUCUACAUAUGGAAUGGACACUUCUGAUUACUUCCAUUUCCAUCACACUGAUUAUGUCCAUAUAUUCAUGGAUGGCUCUUUGAUCCAGCAAAGGCUUUCAUUAAUGGAAGCAGGAGAGGUAUUUUUUUUGGGGGGGGGAUAAAUUCUCCCUUUCUAUUCAGUUACCCAUCUGUUUCAGAGACUUGUGGGACCCUCCAGUUUGGGGAGCAGAGAGAACUAUGGAGGGAAGGGAAACCAGCAAAAUAUACCUCCCUCCAUCUUGCCUUCAAAGAAACCCCUGCUGAUCAGAGAGCUGUCUGUGGAUGGAAGGACGGCCUUGGAUACAAUCAACUGUCAUGAUACAUAUCUGCUGGCAGUCCACCUCACUAAUGUUCCAUUUCUGGUUUAAUUUUUCUUUAGCCUAUGCUGUACCGUGCAACCUUGCAACCUAUUUUUACUAAUGCUCUUCCUUUUCCCUGUGUUUCUACCUGUUGCAUUUUAAACAAAUAAAUAAACCUCCUGGCAGUUGCAGUGGAAGGGGAGCCACAGAAACACACAGCACUGUUAUAACCCCAUGUGCCAUGUUCUUCUCCCUUGCUCUGCAAAACAUGGGAAGCUGGAGUGGAAAGCAAAAUACUUUCAGUCGGUAAUGUGAGAAAAGAAGCUGCUUGACAGCUGCCAAAUUGGGCAGCAUCCUUCUGAGAGCUGAUUUUCUUUUCUGAAAGAUGCCAACUGUAAAACGUGUUGUGCUGUUAAUAAAAACAUAGGAACCUGCUUUAUACAGAGUCGGAUCAUUGGUCCAUGCAGUACAGUCAAGUGACUAAGUACUAUCAUAGAAUUGUAGAGUUGGAAGGGACCCCAACGGUCAUCUUGUCCAAUCCUCUACAAUGCGCUAGUUCAGGCUUCCUCAACCUCGGCCCUCCCGAUGUUUUUGGCCUACAACUCCCAUGAUUCCUAGUUAGCAGGACCAGUGGUCAGGGAUGAUGGGAAUUGUAGUCUCAAAACAUCUGGAGGGCCGAGGUUGAGGAAGCCUGCCCUAGUUAAUCAUCACUAUGAUCUUCUCAUUACAGACUGACCACUGCCUCUAUAAAUUAGCUUCUGUACCGCAAAUAUAUACCUUGAAUUGGGGAUAGUAAUAAAGCCUCAAUUAAAAACUAAAAUGUAGUAGCAUUUUCAAUUUGGUCUAUAAAAUGUUAAAGCGGCCUGUCGAAGCCUUAACAAUGUACUUGUUCACAAGUCUUCCUGAAGAGAGAACACACCUUUUCUAAUUGAUUGAAACUGCCACUGGUUAUUGUAAAAUGCUCUUAUCCAUGCUGAAUUGCCUGCACCCCUGAUAGGCCUUCUGACUUUGUCCAGUUUGGCAGCAAUAAAGGCACCUUUGUAUCAUAGUACGCUUAGCAGCAGCGAACUUUGUCCUUCAAAUCAUUAUGAGCUGCAGUUUUGCUAGGGGCAGAUCUUUUGUAACAGAUGAACUCUUUAAGACUGCCUCUUAAAGCUAUCUAGGUUACUCACUAGCAUGACAAACAUAAUAAAUUGUACAAACCAGCACUGAACUGCAGAUUACACAUGUUUACUCAGAAGUAAAUUUAAACUAUGUAAUGGGGCUUGCCUUGCUCAGAAAUAAAGAUGCAUGGGAUUGCAGCUCUGGACAUUGAAAUGGUUUAAGAUGGUGCAUUUGUAAACUCCUAAAGGAGGAAAAUACAUCUUAUUGAAAAGAAUAAAUCACUUUAACUUUACAUACAUACAUACAUACAUACAUACAUACUUACAUAUAUUUCAAAAGCUAUCUGCAAACACAGCACAACCCCACUGUUUGCAUUACUGUAGUGCAUUGUACUUGGGGUUGUUUUGAAGACUGUUUAGAAACAACAGUUGGUUCAAAAUAGAGUAGUUACAUUACUGCCUGGAACAGAAUGAAUUAUAAUCCAGUUCUUAAAAAAAAAAAUCCCAAUAUAUUUUCAAAUGCAGUUUAAGGGAGGGGUAGAGAACCUGUUACCUUCCAGUUGGUUUUACACCCCCCAAAUCCCCAACAGUCUUUACUAGCAUGACCCCAGAGCACCCCUGACUUAGUGGUGGUCAGUGGCGUAGCGUGGGGGGUGCAGGGCGGGCCGGCCGCACCGGCCGCAACAUCUGGGGGGGGGGCGCGCUCGCACUCGCAGCUCUCUGCCCCUACCUGGCUCACUCACUCUCUCUCACUGCAGUGCUGGCUGUGCGAAUCCGAUCUGAGCCGCUGGGUCGCCGCCCACUGUGGAGGGGGUGGGUGCCACGCGUGCGGUGCGGAGAGAGAGCGAGGGACUAUCUGGGGGAGGGACAGUGCAGCGGCCGCCCAGCGCAGCGCUGAGCGCGGGAGAGAACCACACCAGACCAGACCAGGCAGCAGGCAAGAAGAAGCUGGCAGCGGCGGCAGGUUAGGGGUUAGGGGGCGCAAAUUACUUGCCUUGCCCCGGGUUAGGGGGCGCAAAUUACUUGCCUUGCCCCGGGUGCUGACAACCCACGCUAUGCCGCUGGUGGUGGUCCAAGGAAUUGUGGGAAACUACAAUGGCAGCUUUCAUUGGGAAACAGAAAUGGUGGUGUUUGUAUGCAAGCUGGAGGGCACUAUGCUAGGGACCUUCUCAAAUCUGGUGCAGGCCCUGGAUAGGUCUUUUCUGAGGUAGCUUCCUCACUUUUAAAUUAUUUCCCUGGUUGCAAGUCGGGGGAGGAAAGGAGAGAUGAAAAAGAUUUUUAUUCUCCCCCCCCCCCCCAUGCUUUUUAAAGCUAUUAGGUCUUUUUAAAAGUUCUGCUUUUGGUGGUUGCUGUCUUUUAAAAAAAGUGGUGUUUUUUUCCUGAUUUUCAUUGUGGAUUUUAAAUUUCAUCAUAAGCCGAUUUGAGAAGCUGUUGAACUGAAGAGCAGGGCAGCAAAAGCUCAAAACAUAGAUUGUAUAAACCAUUUAGGACCAGCAGUGUGAAGAGCUUCUCUGCAAUUUUGAAGCAAAUGUGUCACAUCAUUAUCUUUAUGACACACAGGAGUUCAUCUAAAGGUCUGCUGGUGCUUUUCAUCACAUCCUGAAUGUGUCUAAAAUAGUAUUGUGUUCAUAAUUCUUACACAGAGAUAGUCUAUGUAUGAGAAGCAUCAUUUGUGAAGUUAGCUAGACUUUCAAAGCUGAGGCCCCAGCACCCUGGGAACUCCCACCACUGCCCCCCUGGUGCUCAGGAGGAGCAUUAGUGGCUGUCAUCACCUGCUGCCUUUUACAUGCUUCUGAGGAUUGGGAACUCUCCUCCUCCUCCUCAGGGGCAGCAGUAACCAUGAGAAGGGCUGUGUCUCAUUGGUUUGAGCACAUAUUUUGCAUGCAAAAGUUCAAAAAGCAAUCCUGCUGCCAGUUAGUGUAGACAGCACUGGCUAUAGAUGGACCAAUGGUCUGAUACAGUAUAAGGUAGCGUCUUUUAUUCCUAGACUGGAUGUACAGAAAUUUUGCCGGGUAAGCAGAGCUCUCUGAAAUCCCCUGCAGCUGCUCAGAGAGAACAUAGGAAGCUGCCUUAUACCAUUCAUCUAGUCCAGGAUUUUCUAUGCUGAUUGGCAAUGGCCCUCAAAGGUUUCAGGUACUGGUCUCUCCCAACCCUAGGUGGAGACACCUGGGAUUUAUGGCCCUUCCCAGUCAAGUGUCAAAAUUCACCAUUUAUGGGUAAGUUGUUAAAAGUGAAUAACCCUUGUUAGCUCAGUCGGUAGAGCAUGAGACUCCUAAUCUCGGGGUUGUGGACCGGAGCCCCACAUUGGGCAAAAGAUUCCUGCAUUGCAGGGGGUUGGACUAGAUGACUUUCAUGGUCCCUUCCAACUCUAUAAUUCCAUGAUUCACCUUAAAAAAAUCAAUACAUGGAUAAAGCAUGAAUUUUAAGCUAGGAUGUUUUAUUUUAGGCUCUGAAACGCAUUCAUUUUCCAUUCAUUUUGUGAUGAUGCAGCUAAUGGAAGGUUGUUUUUUAGCCUUUCAGGCUACAUUUUCUUAUGAUUGAGGGAAAAGCACACUCAAAACUGACUUUGUUCUGCAGGCCUUCAGAGCAAUACAUGAUUAGUAAUUUUAAAUGUUUCUGAAAAGGAGAUAGGCACUGUGGAGGAGGGGGUAAUUGACUUAUUGAGAAAGGAAUAACUUUUAGAACUCAACAGAUGUUUUAUCACUUUUCAUCUUUGCAAUUUCUGCUUGAAGAUUUGUGUUCAGCUCUGAAGCUUUCUCUUUCUCAUUUCUUUUUUCACGGUCAGCCUAGUUGGCUCAGUAAAACUCAGUUCAGUUGACUCCUAUUCUCUAUUCAUUAUUCAAACGGGCUUAAAUUAAAAAUGGCAUUUUAGAAACAUAGCUAUAAUUGCAUUAUAAUCAUAGUAAUGUGUUAGGAAACAUCUGAGGGCUGACUUGUUGUUCAGCUAAGGAGAAUGUCUGCCUGGAUCAAAACACAAACAUUCAUAAUGUAGAUAUACAUACCCAAGUGACUUUGACUCCCAUUAUUCCUGACCAUUGGCCACGCUGAAUUGGAAUUGAUGGGAACUGAAGCCAAGCAGCAUCCAGAAAGCUGCAGGUUCGCUAUUCCUGAUCUAGUUCAAUAGUCUACUCUGGCAGUGGCUCCCCAAGAUAUCAAACAGAGGUUUUCCACAUCUCUUGCUAUUGGAUGCUUUUAUCUGGAAUUGUCAGGGAAUAAUCCUAGAAGCUUAGCAUGCCAAGCAUGUGCUCUGUCACUGACCUAUGAUCCCUUCCCAAAUGUUGUGGAGAUCUUAGAUGGAGCCUCCUAGGCUUGUUGUACUGCAUUCUUCUCUUAGUUUUAGCAGAUAAACUUGAGCUAGAAUGAUAUCCUGUCUUAAAGGUGUCAUCCUCUUUCCAUCUUUUCUAGAGUAACCUGAUCUUGAAUACUUGCAUGGCUGUAUUUACAUAUGUAAAUGUUUUGAGACUAUGUGAUGAUAGGGAAAUUGUUGUGUUCCAUCCUAAAUAAGCAUUUAGCAAAACUUAAUCAUCAGACAUUCUAUUAUGAUGAGACACUUGUGGAAAUUAGUACUUACUCAUCAAAUACUUUUAUCUUUUCCAGGACUGUACAAAAAAACUGGUAAACUAGUAUUCCUUGGUUUGGAUAAUGCUGGGAAAACGACUCUCCUACAUAUGCUUAAAGAUGGCAGACUGGGUCAACAUGUCCCCACACUACAUGCAAGUAAGUCAAUCUAUCCUUUCUCUCAUACAGUGGUACCUCUGGUUACGAACUUAAUUCGUUCCGGAGGUCCGUUCUUAACCUGAAACUGUUCUUAACCUGAGGUAACACUUUAGCUAAUGGGGCCUCCCACUGCCGCUGUGCCACUGCCUCGCAAUUUCUGUUCUCAUCAUGAGGUAAAGUUCUUAACCCGAGGUACUACUUCCGGGUUAGCGGAGUCUGUAACCCAAAAUGUUUGUAACCCAAGGUGUUUGUAACCUGAGGUACCACUGUAAUAUGCCCAGUGCUGCUUCAAAUCUCAGGACUUUAGUAGACUAUUGAACUAGAUCAGGAAUGGGGAACCAGAAUAAACUCUUCAGUUCAGUGUGAGUUAGACUGCAACCUUAUGCAUGCUUGCAGGUGAUUAGUAGCAUUUACUUCCGAGGAAGCAUGUAUAGGGUCAGUUUCAUCACCUUGUUCUAUACAGUGGUACCGCUAGUAACGAACUUAAUUCGUUCCGAAGGUCCGUCGGCACACAAUUUCCGUUCUCAUCCUGGGGGAAAGUUCUCAACUGGAGGUAACUCAUCCAGGUUAGCAGAGUUUGUAACCUGAAGCGUUUGUAACUCGAGGUACCACUGUAAUGCAAUAUGGUUUAUCAGUAUGAUUAUUACCUUUACUAGAGAAUAGUUUGCUGUAAGAUAGGGUUUUGAAAAAUAGUAUUUUCUGUUUCUGCAGCUGCAGAAGAGCUGACAAUUGCUGGUAUGACUUUCACUACUUUUGAUCUAGGCGGACAUACCCAAGGUAAGUGAUGCUAACAUGCAGAAGGCUUCUUUUAACAUGUUAAGCUUCCUUGGUUGCACAUCAAAAGUUACUGCAUUGCAAGAGGGUUGUGUAUUUUCAAUUCUGAAAACAUUCCUGAUUUUAUUAAAUUUUUACUGUAGUCUACUUGUUCUGUUAUAUACACAUGCAAGGUGUGUGGGAUGUUGGACUUUUUCAUCAACACAGAGUGUGCACAGCUACUGAAGCGUAGAAAUAAAAGGCUGUCCGCAAUAUCUUUGCUUAGUUUUAAUUUUGAAAAUGCAACAGCCAAACGCUGCAAGCCAUUACCACUCCUCACCAGCAGCAUACAAAACAUAUGAUCAACUUAAAUACAGUUUUCAAAUAAUCAGUUACGGUAUCCUGUCACAUCCCUUCCUGCAUUCGGUGCAGAAAGUAACUCCCCUUCUAAUUAGGCAAAAAGUCGAGAGAUCACAGGUGUGCAGCUAAGUAGGUCAAACUGCAAACAUACACCUGUGAGCUUCAAUUAACCAACCCCGUUCACUGACCACUUUAAGAUAAAGAAAAACCAACACACUGACUUGAGUGUGAGCUACAGGAUGCUUCAACUGCAAUAUUUGUACUUAAUAGAAUGGAAGCAGUGCAUUACACUUAUGGUGAUAGAAUUUUCUAACAGGUCCAGGAUUAUUGCAGCAUUUAAUUUUCAAUGCAAUGCUAAAAUAAAAGUCAAUGUGUGCCUUUAAUUAGUCUCUGAUUCUUUGGAGAGCUUAAAGUUAUGAAACACCUCUGUUUUCAUUAUACACAAUAAAAAUAGGUUAAGGCAGUAAUUUGAUCAAGUUGAUUUAAGUUAAUAGUUGUAUCCAAUGCAACUCAUUGUGUUCCUGGAACAACUUCGGCUCAUGCAAUGGAAUUCCCCCUUCCUCUCCUACCCCUGUGACCCCAAAAUCUGUUCCAAUGGGAUUGGGGAACCCCCAGAGCAGAUUUGGUAGGCUCUUAAGAUUUGGAAGAAAGGAGAGAAAGAGGAAGUUCCACAAUAGCAAUGACUACAUUGGAUACAACCCCCCCCACCCUUACAGUGAACUGAUCCUCAAAUAUUACUUGGUUUUGUGUUUAAAUACUUCAGUGUGGAUACUGGGUAUCCGGUGGAUCAAAGAGGGCAUUUUCUAGAAUUUAUUAGAGGCUGAAACAGAAAAUAUGUUAUUGUCUUGGGGGUAGUUUAAUUUUUUUAGGAGAUAAAUCUUCUUCUUUGGCGAUCACUCGUAGCCAAGUAAGAUUGUCUUCCAUAAACACGUGUUUAGGAGAUAAAUAUUUCUAAUGGCGAUACGGCCAUUUUGUUGUGUUUUUUAAGUUCUACCAUGAAGUUUAGCAUUCUUUUUUAAAACCUGCAAGCCAUGUAUUGUAGCACAUGUUUAGAAGUGGAUUUAUGGCUAUUAAGGCUGUUUCUUGCAGUAAAAUUAAUAUGGUUUUUCAGUUUUAAACCCAGUACUUCACACUGUAGAACAAAAGAGAGUGGGCUUUAAAAAAGCUUUUAAAUAUAUCUCCUAAUGCCCUUUUUAAAGUUUCUGCUCCUUAAUGAGGUGUUACUAUGAAUAGAGUUAGAAGAAUAACAGAUAAUUUCCUCUUGCAGCUCCUUUAUAACUCUCUUUUGUUAGCUCGCAGAGUGUGGAAAAACUAUCUGCCUGCCAUCAAUGGGAUUGUCUUUCUGGUGGAUUGUGCAGAUCGUGACAGACUGGCUGAAUCAAAGCAAGAAAUUGAUGUGAGUUAGUAAUGUACUUGGUAUUUGUAAAAUACUAGUGAAGUGUGUGACAUUUUGAUGGAUGGGGAAAAGAGGGAGAGUCUCUGUUUCGCAGGGACGAGGGUGGGCAUUGCAUCUGUAUGGCUACAGCAUCAUAUAUGACUCUACAACUCAAUAAAAUAAAGAUAAAAAAGAGAACUUUUUGUGGAAAGGUUAUCUUGCUGGAGACUGGUGCAUAAGAGCAAAUGGGACAUUGCCCCACCAGUGUUGGUCUUCCUAUUUAAAACCACCCCAGGGGUGGUACUACCUGUCAGCUUCAUUCUCCGUAGUCUAUAGCAGGGGUAGGCAACCUAAGGCCCAGGGGCCAGAUGCGGCCCAAUCGCCUUCUCAAUCCGGCCUGUGGAUGGUCCAGGAAUCAGCGUGGUUUUUACAUGAGUAGAAUAUGUCCUUUUAUUUAAAAUGCAUCUCUGGGUUAUUUGUGGGGCAUAGGAAUUCGUUCAUUUUUUCCCCCUUCAAAAUAUAGUCCAGCCCACAAGAUGGUCUGAGGGACGGUGGACCGGCCCCCGGCUGAAAAAGGUUGCUGACCCCUGGUCUAUAGGUUGUCCUUGUAGAACUCUGAAAACAGGAUGAAGGGAACAAAACUAGAAUUAGUUGGCUCUGGCUCCACCUACUGUUAGUCUCCCUGCCUUCUGCCCCACCAGUCUCAUUAGGCAUAAGCCGUCACUGGAUUAUCAGAUUGCAUUUGAUUUUCACAGCUUUCUAUCAUAUUUGGUAUUUCUACUGUUUUUUUGUGUGUUUUAAAAAAUUUAUUUAAUUGCUUUUUCAAUACAAACAACAACCGCAAAAGACACAUACAACAAAAACCAUGAUAACACUAAUAACACAAUUUGACAAUUCAGAUUUGAAUACUGAUAUACCUAUGACUACACCUUUUUAACAAUAUUUCCCCACCUUUCCUCCCCCUACUUCCCACCACUGUCCACCUUAUCGCUUAAAUAUUCCUUCCAGAUUUCUUCAUAUUUAUCCAUUCUUAAUUUACAUCGACAUGCAAUUCGUUUGUAUGUAGCUAGUCUGUCCAUAUUAUCAAUCCAUGUGCUCAGUGGAAUCUUUCUACAGGUUUUAUACAUUUGUUAAAUAUGCAGUUCUGUAAAGCUUUAUUUUCCUUCCCUGGUUAAUUAAUGAAUCUUUGUUUAGUUUAAUGAAGGGAAGCCAUGUUAUGGUUGAUUAAUAUGUGACCAUUCUCUCUAUUUUUGAAUAUAUUUUGGCCUUGAUGUAAGAGUGAGAGAGAUCCUUCAAUGGAAUAUUUUUAAAGGUGUCAAAAUUUUCUCCAUCUUUUCUCCAUUGAGUCUCUGAAGCUUCACUUCAUGUAUGUUGUCUGUGAAUGUAUAAAACCUAACACAUGUGUCUUUCCUCUAUACAUAGGCACUUAUGACAGAUGAAACUAUUGCUAACGUGCCUAUCCUAAUUCUUGGUAACAAGAUUGACAGACCAGAAGCCAUCAGCGAAGAAGGGCUACGAGAGAUGUUCGGUUUGUAUGGCCAGACAACAGGAAAGGUAUUAAUUGUCCUGUUCCCAUUGCUUCAAAAUACGUAAUUUCAAUGUGCCUAUCAUUUUCUCCCCCCAGUGUUUCUGUGGUCUGCUUUACUGAAAGCUUGCAUAUACCGUAUUUUUCCAUCUAAGAUGCCCCCAUGUAUAAGACGCCCCCUAUUUUGGGGGACUCAGAUUUAAGAAAAUGGGGGGAGAUGGCCCAGAGUAUGACACCCCCUAAUUUUUGACAUUAUUUUUAGGAAAAAAACCUAGUCUUAUACAUGGAAAAGUAUGGUAAUUCUUUGUCGGUUCCAUAUUGUUCUCAAGAUGCAUUUUUAAAAGGAUGCUUACAGGACUUCAUAGAUUCCUUUUUAAAAUAAGCCACUAACAAGUAAGCCUUUACAGAUUACUUGUUCACCAUAAAGCCAAGCUGGCUUUGUUCAACUGUACUUUUAAUACAAUACAGAAUUUUUAGAGCUAAUUGUCUAAUGGAAAUCUGAAUUGUUGCCUUGUGAAAUGUUCUUGCUAAUGCCUCUAGCAAUAAACUGAAGGGUUCCAAUUUUAAACAAAGUUUAUUUUAAAUAUUUUAAUUAAAUAUAAUUAUAACCCGGGUUGUGUCAUUUACAGUAGGCAACUUUGAAUACCAGAAGCAGAUUUCUCUAUUAUUUCUUGUGCUUCUGAAAAUGUUGCCACCCACUCAUCUGAAACCUACUUUUCUAUGCUGAGGAAAUAAGCCCUCCCUGAACAUGAAUGACAAUGGAGAGAAAGACAUUGCCUUCUAGCGCUAGGGGAACCUAUUCCCUCAGUGGUUGUGUCUUCAUGGAAUCAUAGAAUUGUAAAGUUGGAAGGGGUCCCAUUGGUCAUCUAGUUCAACUCUUUGCACUUUAUUCUGCUAGAGGCGAGAAAUCCUGUUAGUAUAGUGGAGAGGCCUCAAUACUAGCACAGAACCAAAACAUACAGCAGUACUGCAUAGGUAGCAGAUCACCCUUGUAAGGUACUUGCAGGGUGGUUGCAACAGAGAUGGAACCUGAGUUUUCCCAGAAAAUGAGUUUUUAUUGAGAAAGCAAAACAAAAGGCAGUUGUGUGUUAACCAGGCUUCCUCAACCUCAGCCCUCCAGAUGUUUUUGGCCUACAACUCCCAUGAUCCCUAGCUAGCAGGACCAGUGGUCAGGGAUGAUUGGAAUUGUAGUCUCAAAACAUCUGGAGGGCCGAGGUUGAGGAAGCCUGGUGUUAACUGUUGAAGACAGUCCCAAAGAAGAGAGGGGUAGAGGUGAAAAGAACUAUAAGGCUGAAUUGUUUUCAAUUAUAGCCCCCCUACCCAACUUCUAGGUUGGAUUACUGUAGCAAUCUUUAACAGGGCUUGGAGAACUGGCCAGAAGAGGGUUGCGGUCACCAUAUUGGUCUCAACUGAUAGGAAGUCAUUCAGUUUAGCUACUUGAGGCUCAAAAGGUACAGAGAAUGGGAAAGAUUGAGUUUCAAUUUAUUGACCCACCUUCUUCUUUUUAUGUCAUUUUCAGGGGAAUGUUUCAGCGAAAGAAUUGAACACCCGACCCUUAGAAGUCUUCAUGUGCAGUGUGUUAAAGAGGCAAGGCUAUGGUGAAGGAUUUCGUUGGAUGGCACAAUACAUUGAUUAAUGCCAAAAUCACAUUAGUACAUACUAUCCCAAGCCUGUUCAUUAUUUGAUCUCUCAGUGUACAUAACUUGAACUCAAUAGACUUUGGUUACAAUAGCGUAUUUUUUUUAUUAUUGUAUCAAUUGUGUUAAAUUUUAAGUGUAAAGACUGAAAACGGAUUUUAAGCAAGUUUGUCAAUUUGGAUCUUGUAACAUUAGUCUCUAGUCCUAUAAAACCACUUUCUUUUGGGAUUCAUAGCUUGUCUCUUGUCUGCAGUCCUUUUUUGUGUGACAGUGACUUUCUAACUCAGUAUGUUGUUGUUUUUAAAUGCACUUUUUAACAGCUCAACUCUGCAGACUUGUUGGUCAUAUAUAAUGCUCAUCAUGUUAAAUUUUUAUGUACUUUUUUCAAAACUGGUUUUAUAAAUGUAGAGUGUAUAACCACCUCUCAAAGAAUAGUAAUGAAUCAGCUUACGGAUAAUUGCAUGAUGCCUUACAGUUUUCAAUAAUAUACUUUCUUAUGCAACGUCAUGCAAUAAAACUAAAUCCCGUUUCUUGACAUCUUUAAUGGGAAAUACUUCAUUUUAAUGUGUCUUAACCUAGUAAGGAUGUCUCAAAAUGUGAAUAUGUGGGGUAGCUUUUUGAAAUGCAGUAUAAUUUCAGUGCACUGUAGAUUUUUUAAUUUAUUUAUCUGAUUACUUUUUUGCUGGGAAUUAAUCCAAUUAAUUUUAACCAUGUUUUCUGAAUAUCAGCAUUCAUUCCCAGUUAUCCACGUUGUACAGCAAGAGGUACCAUGAUCUCACUGUAUCAUAGUACUAGUGAAUGCCUGGAUUUCGUGCAGGAAUUUAAAGAACCACAGGAAGAAAGAAAGGCUUUGUGCCCUGCUGCAUCCAUAGGUUAAACAGUGUUUUGCACAAGCUUCUGGGAUGUGGCAAAGGUGGAUAAUUUAGGAUGGCAGUCUAUUGGCCUAAGGAAUAGGGCAGUGUACUCAGCACUUAAAAUAUUAAAGAUUUUGUUUUUCUGGAUUUUCUAAAUUUUUCCUAAAUAUUCUAGAUUUUGUUCACUAGGUUGAGGCCUCUGAGUGUAGCUGUUAUACCCCUUAUCUUGAGCAGUUUUCAUUCCUCUUGGAAGUGUUUGUGCAUUCUGUUAGUUGCUAUGCAGUGUUUGUUAUCUCUUAUCAGCCAGUACUCCCUAGGAAGGAGAUUCCUAGUUGCCCGUUUUGGCUAUGAUACAAUGCUUUCUUUAAUGAACUGUUCAUGGGCUGAUGAAAUUGAUAGCCGUCGUGCAGAGAAGAAGCUUUGCAGUUACCUCAUUCAUGAGUAGGUACUACGUUGUGAUUUUUGGAAUAGUUUAAGAUUCUUGGCAGAGGUGAUUGAUCUGGGGUACUACCUACAAAAGUAACCUGGCAGAGUAAGCAUCUCCUUAAUGUAAGAGUCAUGUGAGGAGCAGGGACUUGGCUCCUUCCUGUCACAAUAAACAAUUAUUGUGGCACCUGAACAUAACCUAUGUCAUGUAAUACAUCGAAUACUUAUUUUUGAAGUGUGGUCAGAGAUUGUUAUAAUGUUGAGACUUCAAGGAUAGCUUUUCUAUGUAUCUAUAUCCGAGUAUGGCUGCUGCUACUUGGUACCUGAUUUUAACUCGGCUUACCACUGUACUAUGCAAGUAAAACCAUUUUAAACUGGUUUAACUGUGUGGCAUUCCAUAGAGAAAACAAUGGACUGUAAUUUUGAGAGGCUGCUAAGAAUUUUAAGAUUUCUCCAACUUCAGUACAAGGUUACAGUUUCUACAAUCCCUUGGAAGGGAGGAACUGACAGUGUGGUUAUACUUCCCAUAUUGCUCAUUCUGCAUAUUUAUUCUGUAGCCUUGUUCAGAGUGAGUGCUCCAUUUUUUUCCAUGGAAAGAAGUGUCUUUGUCUAUUCAGAUAUUGAAGACAUCUUUUCAAUAAGUACAAAAAAUUCUAUCACUAAAAUCAAGUGAGGGCCGAUGUAGUGCUUUUGAAAACAGGUGCCUAAAUAUCAGAUGUUGCAAAAGAACUUGAAAUAUGGCUUAUUGCUGUUAACGUGUUUAAUAUUUUUCUUGAUUUAUCAUUUUAAAAUAUAACACUUCCAGGUUUGUUGGUGAGAGGCAGAGUAAUUAUUUAAUUUACUUGUGUUUGAAUCACCAUCUGAGUCCCAGUAUUGUACCAAUAAAGUUAAUUUAGGGCUUUGAAUACAUUUAUACAGAUUAUUGUUGAUACUUUUUCUGGGUGUCUUGACUUUCAGUGGAAUCCUUUCAGUAGUCAAAUAUGAGAUGUUGUUGGGCUCCAGCUUCCGUCAACUCCAACUAGUGUGGUGAAUGGUCAGGGAUGAUAGGAGUUACAACCCAUCAAUACCUGGUGGGUCACAGGUUUCCCCAUCACUGAAUUAUGGACUGAGCACACAAUCCUAUUAGCUGAUAGACUGGGCAGACCUUCAUAUAUGAGUGUAAUUAUCACAUAAUAUUUCACACAUGCAUAAGGAAAUACAACAGCUAAAGGUUUCCACCUUGUGACCUAAACAUUUUUCUAGAGUUUUAAAAUAGUGGUGUGACAACAAGAGCAUUUUGGAGACUAGGCCUGUCAUGUCACUAGUGAAGAAAGACACUAUCCUGUCAAGAUAUAUUGUUUAAUGGUGCAGGAAUGCCUUAUCAGUCUCAGUCUGAGCUGUAACAGUAGGGCAGAGGUAUGAAUAGGCUAAUGCUUUAAGAAGCAUUAUGUAAGGUUUUGUUUUGUUUUUUAGCACAUGCCCCUAUUAUUCUUCACACCCUAGGGCCCAAUUUCAGGACUGCUCCACACAAGGCAUUAAGAAAUUAAUUUCACACGUGGGGAACUUGCAUGGAUCCCCAACUGGCAGCAAAGCAGAGGCUUGAUACAUGGGGUAUAACAAACAUCUGAUAAGCAUCAGUAGAUGCCUGUAUUGGCAAUUCAUGUUCCAGCCCAGUGUUGUUGUUGUUUUUAAUGUGAUAUGAUCAUCCUUUUUCCCUUUGGGUUUUUACAGUCUUCUCUUGGAGUACCUUGCCAGUAUUUAUAGAAUGAGAAAUCAGACACUGGUUAUGUUUGGAUGUAACACUAAACUAUGGUUUAGUUCAGGACGGUGAAACUGUGGCCCUCCAGCUAUUGGCCUACAACUUGAAUCAUCACUGAUCAUUUGCCAUGCUGGCUGGGGAGUCCAAAAAUGUCUGGAGGACCACAUGUUCUCUAUCCCUGGUUUAGUGCUUUAAAAAUGAGCCUAGACUCCUCCUGGGCUUGUGUGCUCUCUUCUCCUUCUCCAGUGUGAUGGUGAGGAAAAAAUUGAAAGCUUCUGUUUUAGAUUAAGCACAGUUUAGGGUUCAAGCUUGUUUGUAUUCAUUAAUGAUAACCACUAGUUAUGAUAACCAACUCCCCCUCACAGCCACACCAGAGAACAAGGGGAAGGACUAAUUUAGUGUUUUGUCCAAACCAGCCACUCUCCUGUUAACAAAAUGACUUUGUUAACAGGUUUAGGUAGAAAUGCCAAAGAAAGAGACGAAAGAAUUAUUCUCCCGCUGCUUUGGUUUCUUCAGCAUGGGGCAGUUUUAGUUUAUUUAGCAAGUUAAGCAUUUAUUUCCAGAAAGCAGACAGUUCCUAAGGUUAUUCAGCCAUUAUUUCUGUGUUUUGCGGGGGGAGUUGGCAGUGUUUCAUACUUUGUUUUGCCACUCAGAGUUGGCUUGCUAACUCAUUUAAAAGGAUAGUAACUCUUAAGACUGUGCUGGAAGAAACUCACUAAUAAAAUGUUAAUAUGAAUGAAGUGUGUCUAAUUUAAUUUUUCCUACAGUAGUUUCAGGUGCCCCAUGCAUGCCGCUGUCAUUAGUGAGACUAAAGCAUACAUAUUUGUUGAGAUGCCUGCUUUGCAGGGGGUUGGACGAGACAAUCCUCGGAGUUCCUCCCAAUUCUAUGAUUCCUUGUAUUAUAGUCACUAAAUUGGGAUUAACAUUUGGCUGUACAAUACUGAUAUAUUUUAACUAUAAGUCUUUCUUGGCAUUAUCAGUAUUGACUUAAUAAAUGCUAGACAGAAAAGUGGGUGGAUUGUGGUUAGAUUUGUGGGGUUUUUUAAGAUUUAGAAUUGCUUCUCAUUUGGGGCUUGUGUUUAGAAACCAAACACGUGUCACAAAUUAAGCUGGAAAUGUGUGUUUCAAAUGCAGAUUCCCCUUGAAAAUGCAAGGAAAUUGGGGUGAAGUGCUUUCCUGUUUAGCUCUUCUUUUUGUUUUGACGAGAAAUGCUGGUUUUUACAACCAAGAGAUUCACAAUAAGUAGUCCUUGGCCACUUUUAAUCUAGAUUACUAUCUAUCUAUCUAUCUAUCUAUCUAUCUAUCUAUCAUCUAUCUAUAUUUACAAGAGAGGCAAUGAAGUAGAGAAAUUCUGGGAUUAGUACCUUGGUUUCCUACAUCUGAUUCCAAGUUUCUAUCCACAGUGCCUUUCCAUUGGGCUAUGAAGUAGAAUUGCCAUUAUGAUUUUCCAGUAUUUAGAGACUUACGGUUUGAUUAAACUGUAUCUACUCUUAAAACCAAAAGAAACCCUUUAUAUUUUGCUUCAAUGAAAUUUGGAUUAUGUGCUCAGAAUGUCAGGCAAAUUAUGUAAAUAUGCACACUUCAUCCUAAUUCUCUAGUCUUACAAUUUCAUCAGUGCUUUUCCCCCCUCAAGGGUACACAGUACCGGCACCCCCCCCCCCCCCAGAAAAGCAUUGGUUAAAACUGUGGCACUUACUGUAAAAACUUCAUGGUGAGUACCAGCACCUUUUUUUCUAGAAGAAAAACACUGAGUUUAAUGGUUAAAGAUGUGGAAUUAAUUGCUAAGGACUAAAAUGAUUGUGGGGAUAUAGGCUAAGAGGAAGGCCAGAAGGUCUAAGAGAAACUCUAGCUAUAGCUUUUUCUAUAUAUUAAUGUUCUAUCCACCAAAUAAAUGGAUCUUUUGUAUACCCUCCCUUAUUGGUUCUGAAUUAUCUCCAGGCUCCAUUCACAGGCGUGAAAUGCAGAAAACGCAGUGGAGAAAGCAGCCUGUUGAGUUUCUGCAUGUAAGGCAGAAUGUCAGCAAAAGAAAGAAGCAAUUUUAUCCUUGGAGUGUUCUUUUUCAGCUGUUUGCGGAACAGUUUUUGUUGUGUGCGUUUGAACACUUCCUUUGGAUGCAAUGACUGUGGACAGACAAUACUAUAGUGGAGAGUUCCUGUGUUGUGCCUCUUUAAAAAUUCAAGAGAGCUGUGCCUAGUGUUGUAUUAAUAACUCUUCGCACUCGAUAGGUAGUCUUUCUGCUUAAGCUGGAGUUUGGAACUGUGACGUAGCAAACUUCCCGAGAGGUGUCUACCCCAGGAAUCAAAGCUGCAGUUCAAAACCAGGACUCUAUGGAAUAAGCUUAUGGCACUGAGUAUUUGACUGUCAUGGACACCAGCCUUCUUGUCUUACAUACCCUUCUCUAACCUUAUGUUCCUAUUUCAGCACCUCCUCAAAUGUGUCCUUAAUAACUGACUGACGAUACUCGAGUCUCUUUUCUGGACCUUGGCGAUUCAAAUAUUUUCCCAUACUGGGAAACGCUAGUUAAUAGCCUAAUAUCUGCAACAUUGUACAGUAAGAGGAAGUGGUAGACUAUAUCUAGUCUACCACUAGAUCUGGAAAUGUAGUUGUAGCCUUUGAUUUAGAUUUAAUCUACACUGGAUGAAACCAAUACCUUAUGGCUGCACUGCCAUUACAUAAAUUUCAAAAGCAGGAGAGGGUGUGUUAUAACCACAGCAGAGAUGAGCUUUGCCUGCUCCUCUUUAUUCCAAGAAAAUGAAACUAAUCUUCCCCCAUGUGACAGCAUUAUCAGAUCUAUUUAUAUGACUGUAAACAUGAAAUCCUGCAUGGUUUUUGUUUUUUUUACUGAAGUCCUAACCUGACCUAUUAGGAAGUCCUAAUGUGAACUGUUAGGAAGGCUGCCCUACAAAAUCACUGGAUAAAAAGAAUUCACCAGGACAGUCUGAUUGCACAGAAUAUAAAUUUACUGCAACUAUUAUUUCCAGUGUAUUCCUGGAGAAGAGAUUAAAAGAUUUGUAUAUCAGAGUUGGUUCCAGAUACAGACUUGAGGUGUACUGCACAACUUCCAAGUACAAAGCUUAGCAUUAUGGUUCUGAGCUUUAAUAAAAAGCGGUGCUUUAUAGUGCU